UGGCGCGCAGCUCACGCAAGCUUUCGCAACGGCGGCGUUAAGUUGUUAAUAAAUUUAAUAAGGAAGGACGCUCAGUUAAUUUAAAGUGAUUUUAGAUAAUAGAAAAUAAUUUUAUUUUUUUUAAAUAAAAUAAAUAAAAAAUACGAAAUACGAAAUAGAUCCACCGGUUUACACUACAAAAUGCACAACAAUCACCGAAUAAUCAGUUUUAUCAUUUAUCUCAUGGCACAAACGCUCGUGACCUUAAGCACACCGUUACCCACAAUCGAAACAUUAGGACCAAUAGCGGCAUUGGACUAUGCGCAACAACCCAAUGAAGUGUUACCCAUCCAGCCGCUGCUACUCUAUCCGAUGCCAAGAAAUUUGCAGCUCCAGGGACGUGAACUUGACGACGACGACAACGAAAUAAUUUAUGUGAAACUAUUGAAGCGCAAAGCCUACCGCCCAGCGAAGCAGCGUCCCAACGAAGUAAAAGAUGGGAGCAGCGGCCCACGUGAGCUCACCAUGAAGGAUAUAUUCUAUGUGAAAGCGCUGACCAAUGGCCAGUUUAGUCAUCAGCGUCUCAAAUUGUAUCGGCUACCGGAAUUCUACGCGAUUAGCGUGUUCAGAAAAGCAGCCAAACUGUGAGCACUUCUAUUUUAUGCGACACUCUGCAGAAAAACUAUAACUCAUUUGUUGUAUUUUAUUUUUACACUAUAGAUGAUUAGUUUUAAGUGCUGACUUAUUGUGAUUGAUUUCUUAAUUAUAAACAUAUAUAUUUUUAUAAAUAUAUAUUUGAGUA